AUGCCCGCGACGCUCCCGGCGUGGCCACCGGCGCUCACGCCCGAGCAGCAGGCCGAGCUCCUCCUCGAGGCAUCGGCGUACGCUCUCGCCCACGGCUUCACCUUGCUCCCUGUCCACCCUCCCUCAGGCCCUCCUCCAGCCCCCACGCAUGCCAUUGCUGCCCCGCUCUCGCUCUUCCCCACCCCCUUCCCUCGGAGCGAGUACGAACGCGCCCGGUCGCUCCAGACGGCUUACAACGCGCUGUACGCCCGCGUCGCACUCGACCAGGAGUUUAUCGACCGCGUGAUCGGUUCAGUGGCCAAGGUGGACACGUUCCAGGGAGAGCUCUGGACUCGCUGGAAGGGUGUUCGCGCCGAGCUCCCCCAGCCUGUUCAGCUGGGCAUCUUCCGCUCCGACUACCUCCUCCAUGCGUCCGAGAGCUCGUUUGAGAUCAAGCAGGUCGAGUUCAACACUAUCGCCGCGUCGUUUGGCGCUUUGAGCCAGAAGGCAGGAGAGAUGCACCGCUUCCUUGCACAGACCACAGGCGCGUUCUAUGGUGCGGCACCAGAGCUCGCGGACGCUACUGCCUACCCGGACAACCACUCGCUCGAAGAGUUGGCUGCCGGCCUGGCCCAGGGCUGGAAGGUGUACGGCAACAAGGACGCCGUCGUCCUGGUCGUUGUGCAAGAGGGCGAGCGCAACGUGUUUGACCAGCGUGGACUCCAGUACGAGCUGCUGUCCAAGCACGGCGUCAGGAGUGUUCGUUACACGUUUGCCGAGCUGGGGCGCCUUGCCCAGGUCGACCCUUCGUCCAAGCACCUCCUCAUCCCUAACCCGCUCACUCCCAACGCUCCCCCCUCCGAGAUUGCCGUUGUCUACUACCGCGCCGCCUACACCCCAACCGACUACACCUCGUCCAAGGAGUGGGACACGCGCGUCCUCCUUGAGCGCUCCCUCGCCAUCAAAUGCCCGACCAUGGCGCUCCAGCUCGCCGGUGCCAAGAAGGUGCAGCAGGAGCUCGCCCUUCCUGGUGUCCUUGAGGACUUCCUUCUGGGAUCGAGCCGCCCCGACGUUGGCCUCGGCGCUGGUGCCGGCUCGCUCACCCAGGAGGACGUUGACGCCGUGCGCGCGACCUGGACAGGCCUGUGGCCCAUGGACGACAGCGAGGAGGGUCUCGAGGCCCAGCGCCUGGCCGAGACCCACCCCGAGCGCUUUGUGCUCAAGCCCCAGCGCGAGGGCGGUGGAAACAACAUUUACCGCACCGACAUUCCACCAUAUCUCGCCAAGCUGGCCGCCGAGCCCAGCAACCCCGGCGACCCUCCCAAGCGCGAGGGCUACAUUCUCAUGGAGCUCAUCGAGCCCCCACAGGGUGUGCACAACUGGCUCGUGCGCGGAGGAGAGGGCAAGCCCCGCCUCGCCGACGUCGUGAGCGAGCUGGGCGUGUAUGGUGUUUCCCUCUUUGGCGGCAAGGACGCCAAGAGCAUCGUCAACCGCAGUGCAGGAACCCUCCUCCGCACCAAGGGACGUGAGAGUGACGAAGGUGGUGUGGCAAUCGGCAUCUCAUCAAUUGACAGUCCCCUGCUUGUGAACUAG